CCGGCAAAGGUCGUCAGGCUGGGAAUCGAACCUGCGACGGCCGCGUCGAGGACUAAGGCCUCCUUAUGUGGGUUGUGCUUAACCCCUGCGCCACCAAAGCACAUCCCAGUAAAUGUGAAAGUUAAAUUUUCUCUGCAAUGAAUUCAAAUGACAUUUGAAAAUGUCAUUUUCAAGUUUGAGUCAGAUCAUGUUCACAACGUGGCCUAAUGUGUCCCGAUUAUUAAUAUGAUAACUGGUAAAAUAAAAAAAAAACCUCUGGAGGUUUCAGUGCACGACUUUUUGACGGAGCGCUGGACAAACCUUUCAGUUUGAUAUUUAGAUACCGAUCUGAUUUGCAUAAUGUGUUGUUAUUGAUAGUACUCAUUUAUACUAUUAUUUCACAAAUAUAAAUUAUUAUGGUUAAAAAAAAACCAACAACCCCCAGCUUGUUUCAGUGAAAUAUACGUAACAUCGUCUUAAAAUCGAAAUGCAGUUCAGUUUUAAGAUAUAUUUUUAUUCAAAAUGUUAUUUGUAUGUACAGCCUUGCCACCUCCCGAAAACACAAUUAUACCAUCAAUAUAAUUAUGCAAACAUAUGUUUUUUUUGUAAGUGUGGCUACUCAGAUUAGAAAAAAUACACACUUUGUAAACCAUUUAAAAAAAAAUCCUACUUGCAAAAAACUGUUUAAAAUGAAACCAAAUAAUGUAACACGCAAACGUGAUGCAAAUUAGGGACUAUAAAACAGAUAAUGAAAGGGGGCAGAGGGUUUGAUUGAGUGCCAACCAAGAAACUAGACUAAGUAAAAAACAUAUAUAUGUUUUUCUACAUGAAUUAUCUGGAUACCACUUAAUUGAAAAGUUUGCCGAUAGUCGAUUAAAAAGGUAUCGGGUCAAAUUCAGAAUUCCUCAAAACCAGAGCUUUGAAAUGCCUUUUUUUUAUGCCACGUAAUUUGAUGUUAUCAACAAAAUGUUGUAAAGUCGAUUCAAUUAAUCGAUAAGCAAGAUGUGUUAAAAGUAGAAUGCAAAUGUUUUAUGGUUGACUUGCUUUGCAGGAAGACGGCGCGCAAAAUGAAAUUCUGCUUACUAAAUGUCCUCAGAAUAUGCAAAUUUCAUUUCAGGCUGGGUGUAUUUUAUUUUCGUUUUUUUCUUCUUGUUUUUUUUUUCUGUUUAACCACAAACCUCUUAGGUUCAAUCUUCUUUUUUCUCUUUUCUACUUGCCACAGUUUUUGUUACUAAAUGUCCCUGCAUGAGUUAUUGAGUUGUAACAUUUCUUAAAGUGAUGAUAGUAUUUUUUUUUCAUGUAGAAAUUGAUGUAAAUUUACAAUUUAUAACUGGACUUUCAAUCAACUCGAUACAUGUUAAAAUGUUUCUAAAAAAAAACAAACCCAAAUUUAUCACGUUUUCCUUUUUGACGAUGUUUGACCGUCAAACAUCGUGUACCGCCAAACUUCGAACAAGCUAAACCGGCACGUGCUGCACAUAAAUAACACAUAAAACUGUGACGUUCUGCAUAAUUUCAUACAUUUAAUGCACUUCUCUUUUUUUCGCAGAAUGCAGGAAAUGACCUCUUCUCCACAUCUUUUUCUAAAAGUUUCAGAGUUCAACAAAGUACACUGUCUAUGAAGGAGGAGGAGGAGGAGGGGGGUGAAUUUCCUCCGCUGUUGUUUCCUAAAACAAUUUUUCCCCCUCCUAAUACCAGCUUCUCCGCGCGAACUAACGUGGAAAAAAAAAACUUACAGCCUUGUUUCAGUAGGAAAAAUUUGUAUUUUUCAUCUGAAAUUUCUUCUCGAUUCUUUGAAAGCAAAACGGGGCGUGAACAGGUCCUGACCUCACCGGGCCCGUAAAGUCAUUUGGAUUCUCGGGUUUGAUCACUAAAAAAAAAAAAAAAAAAAGAGUCUUUCAGUAACUGUACGCACAGGAGUUUCUGAAAAGCAGUCUGCAACAGCGAAAACACACAUUCAGCCUUGCCGACAGAAACUUUACAGUCAUUACAUUUGAGGAGCUUCGCCCUCCCUCCCCUCUCUCCCUUUUUCUUUGCGGGUCACAUUUGUUCUGCUCAGAGGCCAAAAGCUUUUCGUGUCGAGCGGUUUCUAUUUUUGGAAAAGAAAAAAAGAAAGAAAGAAAGUAAAAACAAAAAAAAAGCUACUGUUUCUUGUCAGUUUGAGUCGUCCUUACAGUGACUCGUCGCCGCCCCUCCAAGCUGAGCGUAAGAGAAAAAAAAAAAAGAAAAGAAAAACUCCCCUAAAAUAUUUCCUCCUUGUUCAGUCUCAGCAGAGCAGCGGGUCUGUGCGCACCGCUUGUGGAUGGCAGCCGGCGGUGGGUGUGAGAUUUUAUUUUUUUCCCCAAACACGCCGUCGUGGUUUCAGCAUGUCGGGCGGUGGAGAGCGGAGCGGCGAGGCAGAAACUAAACAUUGUUGGCUCGGAACCUAUAUGCACGUUGUCGUCGUUGGUUUGAUGCUUGUUCUCGACGCUCCAGUCUUCACGAACGUCCAUGUUUCUGCAGAAAAGUGCAAGCCCAAGAACAUUUCAGCCAAAUACCAACACUGUGGGAUUCACCCAGAUGGAGUCCAUAAUCUAGACUGUUUCCGUAAAUCCAAGAAAGAUGAGAAAUGUACGUGGGAACCCGGAGUGCAUGGAUCGAAGAGCUACACGUUCAUCUUACAACAAGUAGACAAAGCUCACUGUGUCGCUUAUUACAACCUAACCAAACCCAAUCAAAAGCUGAGAAUAUUUGACUACAACUUUACGGUGGAGGUUAUUGAAAGCAGCGCGGGGGAGGCGAAUUGCACAAAAGCAGUUUUCAGUGGUUCAAAAAAGACUCUGAAGCGGUCCUGCGGGCCUCCUAGCAAAGUGUUGCCGACUCGCACACCUGGAGCGCUGCAGGUGAACGUGACCUGGCUUAAAGAGGACGGGAAUAACAGGAUCUCUGUGAGAUACAGAGCGCUGGGCAGCCGCUCGUGGAACGAGACUGUGGAGUCUCAGCUUCCAAACGCAGCCAUGGUGGAAAAGCUAACGCCCUCAUUGGUCUAUGUUGUCCAGAUACAAUGUGUGACUACUGCUGAAUGCUCACAGUGUCCAUGGAGUGAAAACUACUACGUCCCAUCAGAGCUUACAACUCAACCCAUCAUUGUCAGCACCAAAUACGCCGAUAUUAUGCAGAAAACCGGCUGCCGGUUGAUUUCCAUAACCUGGAAGUUUCCCGUCAAAGAUCUGUAUGACGGCUACCGAGUGACCGUUUGGAAAGAGUCCGGAGAGCCUCCGCAGGAGCAGCUGACCACCUCAGAGCCGGAGAUCAGACUGAUCCUCUCCUACUCGGCGUACCGCCUCAACAUCAGCGCGUACAACAACGCGAGCGUUUCCCCAGCUGCCACCCACGUCAUACCACAGCACAGUUUCGGAGACGGGAGGCUGAACGCGACAGUCCACAACAGCACGGCGUUCACGAUCCACUGGAGGGCCGAUCGGGUCAGGAAGUACGUCUGCUACGUGGUGGAGUGGAUGAAAAAGGGACAUUCUGGGUGGUACCAGUCCUUCUUUGAGGACACGGAGGCCAGCAAGACCGUGUCCUCUUUAUCAGAACAUUUGGAGCCUUACACAAGAUACAGAGUCACUCUGCAUUUGCGACCAAACAAGAACACCUGCAACAUGAAGCACAUCAACAACAGUGAGAGCACCUACGGGUCCACAGAGUUUUAUCACACCGAAGGAUCUCCUGUCAGCGCCCCAGCAAACGUCAGCUUCCACAACGUGACGCUUAAUUCAGCGACGCUCCAGUGGUCGCAUAUCCCAGAGGAAGACUUGAGAGGCUUCCUGCUGGGUUACAUUAUCUACUACACGGAGCAUCACUACCGGGAGGCCAGCACAGCGCACAAUGUAACAGUGGAUCCAGGUUCUACCAGCUUUCACCUGGAGGCCCUCAAAAGUGGAACGGCAUAUCAAGUCCAGAUAUGUGGUUUCACGUCAGAGGGCGAAGGGAUCCGAAGUAAUCCGAGUGUCUUUAAAACAGAUCAAAAAGUAAAUUUCAGCAUCAGGGGCGCAAUUGCAGCCUUCGUAGUGGUGGCCAGUUUGCUGGCAUUUGGAUCUCCGGUGAUAAAAAGGGCAAAAGCCAUUCUGUGGCCAAGGCUGCCCAACCCUGGACACAGCAACGCAGUGCGGAAAAUAGAGAGUCCUGGACAACUGAAACUCCUGGAGGCAUUAGCGACUCUGAAAGUGGCGGAGGAAUGGGACACGAAGAGCUUCCAGAUUCUAGAGAUGGAAGCCGCGGUCCCGCCUCAGACGCUGUCGUCGAUGCUGCCGCAUGUCAGGACCUGUGAGGACGACACUCUGGAAAUGGCUCACGCCUGGAGCGAGGGGGACGGAGACAGCGCGGCAGACGACGACACAGCGGACACUUUGCUGGACACACAGAGGACACACUUCCAAAGCUCACCUUUCACCUUUGCAGGCGGUUAUACGACGAUGGAAAUGUUCCAACAGCUCACCCCACAGUGGGUGGCGGAAGGUGGCUCGAACAUCAAGGGCGAACCGGAGGACUUAACCGUGUUAAAGUCUGUGAGAUUAGACUACGUGAGACAAUUUAGCACCAGUCCACCGUCAGACAGUGAAUUUACAUCCACCCUGUUGUGAACUCCAGUUCAGUCGCUUUGAAAGUCUGGUUCGUUUGGGAAGGUGGUCUCUGGUCCACCUGCAAACCGAGGUCUCCGAUCGGUUGAAGUGAGCUCUGGCGAAUCCAAAUGUGAACGCCAACUGGACCUGAGACCGCUCCAAAAGCAAAAAGCGAACUAUAUUGCUGGGCAUUCUGGGUAAAUACUACCUAAACAAAUGUGAGAGCCUAGCGCUAGCAGGAGAAAUACCUUGUUUUUUACCAAAGACAGAGGAGGAAUCCUACAGCAGCUACAUUUUGACGCAACUCCAAUUUUGUUUACAUUUUACGAAGACAAAGAAAGUUGCGCUCAUGUCUUCUGUGGAGACUUUCUUCUCGUUUCCCUCCAGUGGUUCUUGGUGUAGCGCCACCACAGGCGAGGAGGGGAACAGGUUUCUCAAAGGGUUUGGUUCGUUUGAGCCAAAAAUGCAAAUGUUGCAAUUCUGGUCUACUGGAUUACCAGUUGUUGUUUUACACCUGUUGCAGGACAACAGUUUUUUUUUUAAGCCUUAUUUAGUAGAAAUGGCACGUCAAGCUUGUAUUUAUGUGUACAACUCAACCAUGAAGCGAAUGAUGCAACUGCCAAAGUUGAUUGCAGAGGAAGUACACCAGGCUUUACAUUUGAAUGUGAGCAUGUCUACUACUAAAAAUAUGUUCCUGUACGUCACUGAUUAGUCAGUAACUAUAUGGGGAUUUCUGGUUAUUGUUGACAUUUAUUAAAAUGUUUUGUGUGACAAGUACACACACCGACACACAUUCUUGUACUUUAUCGAUCUGAAGACUUCCAUUUACUUUAUAAGUAUGAAAAAUGUUGGAUGCUAGGUCCGAAUACUGUAAACUUCAACAAGGAGCAACCAAACAAAACAUCGGAGUGGAAAGUCUCUUUAUUGAGAGCUUUUGCAAUCAAAUAAAACAUAAUAUGUACAUACAUCCGAAUAUUUCAUAAACUAUUUUACUGAACCGUUAACAUCGAAUCCUCCAAUUUCCCAGCACAAAAAGUCCUCUCAAAUGCGGAGAAGAUGAGCACGUAAAAAAAAGUAGUAAAGUCCAUGUUCACAUAUUAGCAGAUGAGUUUGAAACGAUUUAAUUCUGACACUUGAAGCUCAUCACUUCUGACAGAUGUGUUAAGAAAGAAUAAAAAAAAAAGGCGUAAACUUUUCAAAACAGGAACUGGAUCUGUUGCCGUUUUGCCUCCAUGUUUCGAUGAGCAUAUUCAUAACUACUGCAACACAUUAAAUCACCGAAUAAAAGGAUAAAAAACAUCCCAUGAACAUUUAGUCUAUUCCGCCAGCCCACAAUAUUUUAAUAUAAGAUCUUAUUAGUUUUAUUCGUAAAACAUCCAAAUGAGUCUCAAUAUUUUAUUUGCUUACUGUACAAUCGUGGUCUAGGCACUUUUUGACCCUUCUGUGCUUCCAUACGGUUUGUUGACCUGCGAGAUUUCAGUUUAUUUUCCCCAUUUCCCAAAAAAUAAAAAAAUUAAAAAAGUCAGCCCGUAAACUUUCUUCACACAGUCACCAUGUUAGCUGAAAAUAUUUCACC